AUGAGUGCCAAAGGAGAGACUUUUCGAGAAAUAUUUGGAGCGACCCAGCAAAGAAAAGAUUUACAUUCAAACUUAUCUAUUUUAAAUUUCAGAGAAUUUGACUUGGAUUAUAGAACAAAUUUUAGGACAAUUCAAACUUUUAUAGAGUUACACAAAGAAUUAUUAAAUAAGGCUAACACUGAUAUCGAAGAACUAAAAAAAAAUUGUUUAAAUGAUGAUUACUUGAUAUUUAAAAAAGAUGUUUUAAAGAGACUUAUUAAAAUUGAAGAUGACAUAAAAAAAUACAUUGCAAGGGAUCCCGAGGCAAUGGGUAUCGCCAGAUUUAUAAAGGACGGAUCGUGCUUGUCAUGUGCGACACCAGCCAUGAUGAAAACGACAAACACUGCUCCUGUAGGAAAAGAUGUGCGCACAAGUUGUGACAGCCGACUUAACCGUGGAACGUUACAAGAGCAGAGGAGAAAAACGAAUGCAAACAAGCCCACUGGUAAAAUUGAUGUAUUACCAAUUAAUAUCAAAGUGGAGCAGAAAAAAAGCAGUCCUGAUGUAGGAAAUUGUUACUACAAAAUAAACAAACUACAAAUGUACUUUAAUAGAAGUCCACACUAUAAAAGCUCCAGCUAUAAUCGGGUUUUAAAGGACAUACAGAAAAUGCACGAGGACGGAUCGUGUGUGUUCUGUAGCGUACCAGCCACGAAAACAACAGACUCUACUUUAGUCACCGUGAAAAAAAUUGAAAUUUAA